AUGACUGACACAAUGGCAACCACGAUCAACAAUGUUGGGUUCAAUCAAUCAGGGUCAUGCAUUUCGGUAGCAACUUCAACGGGCUACAGAACGUAUAAUUGUAGUCCGUUUGGGAAGUUUCUUUCGGAGGAGAGUUCAGAUAGAAUUGGAGGUUACGCCAUCUGUGAAAUGUUAUUUCAGACGUCAUUACUGGCUCUUGUAGGCAAUGGUGACCUACCAAACUUAUCACCAAGAAAGCUGCGACUAAUGAACACCAAAAAACAUUCAAUAAUAUGUGAAAUAACAUUUCCAUCAUCAAUUCUGUCUGUUAAGAUGAAUAAAUCAAGACUAAUCAUCCUUAUAAAGUUGCAAAUUUACGUUUAUGACAUAACGAAUGUGAAACUUUUAUAUAUAAUCGAUAAUAUCUCCAAUCCAUAUGGUCUCAUUUCUGUAUCUUCAAAUGCCAAUAUCUUAGCUUAUCCAUCACUAUCUAGGUUAAUAAAUUCUGGAAUCAAGUCAAAUGUAACAAGCAAUAAUAUUUCAUUUCUAAAGACGAUGAAGGGUGGACCUGAUUUGAAUAUUUCGAUAAAUAAUGAAAACGAUAGCAAUGUUAUGAAAAAUGGGGAUAUCAUAUUAUUUGAUAUGAAUGACCUGCGGCCAAUAAUAGUCAUUGAAGCACAUAAAAAUGGGAUUGCAUCAUUAGCAUUAAGUUCCGAUGGUAAAUUAUUGGCCACAGCGUCAGAAAAAGGCACAAUAAUCAGAAUUUUUAGUGUAGAAACGGGCCUGAAAGUAUAUCAAUUUAGAAGGGGAACCUACACUACAAAAAUUUUAUCAAUGAAUUUUAGUAUUGAUAACUUAUUUCUCACUGCAUGCUGCGCAAGUAAGACCGUUCACAUAUUCAAACUAAGUGAUUCGAUGAGUUCCGACAAUGAGGAUAGCGACGACGAUGAUAGUGAUGACGAUGAAAGUGACGACAGUGAUAACGAUAUUGAGACUCUGAAAGCAAGAAAGCCAUAUGUAGAUGCAUCCAGGAAAACGGUUGGACGAAUGAUCAGAAAUUCGUCACAAAAUUUAACUAGAAAGGCUGCUAUGACAUUGGGCUCAAUUUUACCAAUAAAAGUCAAUUCGAUUUUAGACUCUUCUCGACAUUUUGCCAGUAUUAAACUGCCGUCACAAGAUAGCAGUGAAAAUUUCAAUAAAUGUGCCGCGACCAUUGGCCAACCUGUACAGUUACACACAUCGGACUAUCCAGAGUUGUUUAGUAAUGAUCUAAAUAACGACGCCAACCCAAAAAUUCAGAUAAAUGUCCACAAUAACGAAUCUGAAGGUAAUGCUACGACAAUUACCAUGCUGCCCAUCAACGUCAUCACGUCAGAAGGCCUCUUAUAUAACUACGUAAUGGAUCCAGAAAGAGGUGGCGACUGCUUUUUGCUAUCGCAAUAUUCUCUUUUGGAUAAUUGA